AUGGAUACGUUUUUAUCUCUCGAUAUCUAUCUAUCUAUCUAUCUAUCUAUCUAUCUAUCUAUCUAUCUAUUUCAGUAUUUUCUCUAUAUCAAUCUCUUUUUUCCACUCUAUUUUUUAAAAAAUAUAUUCUUAUCUAUACCGGAAAUAUUCUCUAUCCCUCUCUCUAUCUGUAUCUUUAAACACCGGAAACACGAUGCGACCUACUUCAACCCCCCCACCACCACCACCUUCGCCGCCACUGUUGCUCGUAGUUUCCACAACCCCCCCACACUUCCUGUGAUUCCUUUCUCUGGCACGUCUAUGGCACUAUCGUCUGCCAUUUACCAGGGGCAGGCGACCGUGUCGACUCUUCUUAAAGUGCCAUUCUUUCAUUGCGCCGAGGAUGAAGAACAUGAACUUGGCAACCAGUAUUUUCUUUCUUACAGAAACCGUUCUUCUUCCUUCAGAAAGGACAUCCCACAUGAUGUUUGCCCCACCUUCGGCAACAUUACAGAGCUAAUUUAA